AUGGCUUCCGUCUCCUCUGCCCUUCCCGAGGGCAACAAGCCUGCCCUGCGCAGGACCCAAACCGAGGCCACCUCCGACUCAUACCCUGGUACCGCCGAUGCCUCUCCCUUCGACUCUCCUCUUGAGCGCUCGGCCUCCAACACCUCGCUUUCUUCCCUGGCCUCCGACAACGUCAAGACCGACAAGGCCGAGUUCGGCAAGCUACUCGACACGUACGGCAACGAGUUCGAGGUCCCCGACUUCACUAUCAAGGACAUCCGCGAUGCCAUCCCCGCGCACUGCUUCGAGCGUUCGGCUCUUCACAGUUUGGCGCACGUCGUUCGCGACAUCAUCUACCUCACCGUCACUUUUUACGUCUGGAACAAAUAUGUCACCCCCGAAUACAUCCCCAUGAAGGCUGCCCGUGUCGUCCUCUGGGGUCUGUACACCUUCAUGCAGGGCCUUUUCGGCACUGGUCUCUGGGUUCUUGCCCACGAGUGCGGUCACCAGGCCUUCUCCCCGUCCAGGUUGAUCAACGACACCGUCGGCUGGGUCCUCCACUCUGCCCUUCUCGUCCCCUACUUCUCAUGGAAGUUCUCCCACAGCAAGCACCACAAGGCCACCGGCAACAUCGAGCGUGACAUGGUCUUCGUUCCUCGCACCCGCGAGCAGUUUGCUUCUCGCAUCGGCCGUUUCGUCCAUGAGAUUUCCGAGUUGACCGAGGAGACCCCCAUCUACACCUUGAUCCACCUUAUCGGUCAGCAGCUCAUCGGCUGGCCCAACUACCUCAUGACCAACGUCACCGGCCACAACUUCCACGAGAGGCAGCGCGAGGGUCGUGGCAAGGGCAAGAAGAACGGCUGGUUCACUGGUGUCAACCACUUCAACCCCAGUUCUCCCCUCUAUGAGGAGCGUGAGGCCCCCUGGAUUAUCGUCUCCGACAUCGGUAUCGCCAUCGCCGCCACCGCCCUCAUCUACCUCGGCAACACCUUCGGCUGGUCCAACAUGUUCGUCUGGUACUUCCUUCCCUACCUCUGGGUCAACCACUGGCUCGUUGCCAUCACCUACCUCCAGCACACCGACCCCUCGCUCCCCCACUACACCCCUGAUCAGUGGAACUUUGUCCGUGGUGCCGCCGCGACUAUUGACCGCGAGUUCGGUUUCAUCGGCCGUCACCUCCUCCACGGCAUUAUCGAGACCCACGUUCUCCACCACUACGUCAGCACUAUUCCCUUUUACCACGCCGACGAGGCCUCCGAGGCCAUCAAGAAGGUCAUGGGCCGUCACUACCGCGCUGACGUCCAAGAUGGCCCCAUCGGUUUCAUCAAGGCCAUGUGGAAGGCUGCUCGUUGGUGCCAGUGGGUUGAGCCUACCGAGGGCGCUGAGGGCAAGGGCAAGGGCGUCUUGUUCUACCGCAACCAGAACGGUCUCGGUGUCAAGCCUGCCAAGCUCCCCAAGACCAACUAA